CAAAUAUGGCCGCUUCCCAAGAUGUCCACGUCCGAAUCUGUAGCCAAGAAAUAAUAAAAUUCGAUCUUGAAAUAAAAGCCCUUAUUCAGUUUGUAUUAGCAGAGUGGUGUACGAUUUUAACUCUGAAGCGGUCUGUGGUGGUCUGUCCGCUCAUGACGAGUCAGAAAUCAGAUGGCUAAAGAUUAUGAUAUACGAGACUGUCCUGGACCCUACCGUGAGCUCGCAGAAUUAAAUUCAAACGUGAAAGAAAAAAUUAAUCAGCUCAGAAUGAGAAUACAGGAUCUGGAGCAAAUGGCUAAAGAACAGGAUAAAGAAUCUGAUAAGUUGGCGCUAUUAAAUGAAAUGGAGAGUCAUCGAAAACAGAUGCUAAGUAAUCAGACAGCAUGGAGGAAGGCAAACCUGUCCUGCAAACUUGCUAUUGAUAACUCAGAAAAGGAUGAUCUUCUGCAAGAUGAGGAUUCUUCUGCAAGGCAAAGAAAAACAACGAAACAGAGCAUGGCUCAAACUUCCAGUGCUAUAACUGAGAGUCUAAUGAGUAUAAGCAGGAUGAUGUCACAGCAGGUCCAUCAGAGUGAAGAAACCGUGACAACGCUAGCCACUUCGUCCAGGACAGUGCUGGAAACGAAUGAGGAGUUUAAAGCAAUGACUGGAACAAUACAGUUGGGACGAAAGCUCAUCACAAAAUACAACCGAAGGGAGUUCACAGACAAGCUGCUGAUCUUCCUAGCUUUAGCUCUCUUUCUGGCCACAGUUGUGUAUAUAUUGAAGAAAAGGCUCUUCCCAUUCCUAUAGUAAACACCCACAAAAACCCUAAAAAACAACACAUUCUCUCGCUAGUGUAAUUGGACUGUAAUUGGCACUGUUUUCUCUGUGGUGUUGGUAUAAAACAAGACUUGGUCAUCAAGAUUGUUAUUGAAAGUUUGUCGCUUAUUAUAGACCACCCACUGUUUUUCUAGGGUUUGCCAGUUUUACUAUGUACAGGAGACAUGGUAAGGGAAAAGCACUUAAUGAAAUAGCUUUGAGAUAGAGAUAGAGAACAUGCAUUUGUGUGUUGAUUGUUGCGGCAUGCAGAUUGUACAAUGGCACCUUUUUAAAUUUAAAAACAUGGAUUUUAAUCUAUUGUUGUGUUGACCACUUCAGCACAACUUUUUUUUUUUUUUUUUUUUUUAAGUAUAGAGUUUCAUUGUAAAACAAAAGUAGGACCUCCCUUUCCUCUGUCUGGGUGUUUUCAUAAUAGGUUGCUGCCUAAAU